AUGGCAUCCGCGACGACGUCGCACAAUGAGGUUUCGCAGCAAUUUUUCGUUAAUAAACUUAUACGCGUUGGUUAUUAUGAACUGGAGAAGACAAUUGGCAAAGGUAACUUUGCGGUUGUUAAAAUGGCAACACAUGUCGUUACUAAAUCCAAGGUGGCCAUUAAGAUAAUAGAUAAGACAAAGCUUAGUGAGGAAAAUCUAGCUAAAAUAUUUAGAGAAGUACAUAUUAUGAAAAGGCUGAGACAUCCUCAUAUCAUAAGAUUGUACCAGGUGAUGGAAACAGAAAAAAUGAUAUAUUUGGUAACGGAGUACGCGCCAGGUGGAGAAAUAUUUGAUCACCUUGUCAGAAAUGGCAGAAUGUUUGAACCAGAAGCCAGAAGAAUUUUUAAACAAAUUGUACUGGCAGUGCAUUACCUUCAUACACAUGGAGUAGUUCAUAGAGAUCUUAAGGCUGAGAAUCUAUUACUUGAUGCAGACAAUAAUAUAAAAUUAGCUGACUUUGGAUUCAGCAAUGAAUAUACACCAGGUAUGCCUCUUAGUACUUGGUGUGGAUCACCCCCUUACGCAGCGCCUGAAAUAUUUGAAGGAAAACAUUAUGACGGACCACGUUCAGAUAUUUGGAGUUUAGGUGUAGUUUUGUAUGUAUUGGUUUGCGGAGCAUUGCCGUUCGACGGACCGACGAUGAAGUCACUGAGAUCUGUUGUAAUUUCUGGAAAAUUUAGAAUACCAUUCUUCAUGUCAGCAGAGUGUGAAAAGCUGAUAAGGCAUAUGUUAGUGGUGGAGCCUGAACGACGAUUAAGUAUAAGACAAAUCUUGGCACAUCCUUGGAUGGGCGGUGAUGGAGUUACGGAACCUGAACCCGGAGGGUGCAGCCCAGAGCCUACUCAUCCUCCUCCACUAAACCAAGUAGUCAUGGAGAAUAUGUUGAGAUUACCGGGACUCAGACCAGAAACAUUGCUGCAGUCUAUCCAGCAAAAUGCCUUUGACCACGUAUCUGCAAUUUAUCAUUUACUGGCAGACCGUCUCGAGUCGACGAUGUCAAGUCUACCGAGCAUACAAAACCUCCCGGGCGAUUACAUGCCCGACGGAGCUCAUCAGUUGGAAAAGUUUGGAGAAUCAGAGUCGGAAGCGGAUUCUGAGCGAGCUGGACUCUGUUUACCGUUGGGCACGCACGCACCGUAUCACGCGACAAGAAGACACACGGUCGGACCCGGUGACACUGCGCACCAGCCGCCAUCACCGUAUCCUUAUCCUUAUCAAAAUUACACACCGGGUAAUUACCCGCCGCUUGGUCUUGUGCCUAUGAUGCAGUGCAACGCCGACCAAGUUCUACCACAGACAAAUUUACCGCUAAAUCUUCCCCUGGUGCAACAUCAACCUCCUCAAAAUUUCCAAAUCAAAGACCAGCAUCUGUUGAAGCCACCGCCUGUUAUGGGAGCCAGCACUUUUGGAAGAAGAGCAUCAGAUGGUGGUGCAAACCUCCAUGUAUUCUAUCAACAACAGCACGGAAGUGGUAACGCAGAAGAGGGCGGGUGGAGUCAUCCAGGCAGUAGAGAGCACUUGCAAUCCAGCGGUAGUCCUUCACUGGGACAAUGCUCGCAAACGUUAAGCGUGAGCGGAAGCCCCGAUAGCAAUGGUGGGAGCAGUGCGAGUUCGUCAGGUGGUAGCGAUCGUCGAAGAAGAAGUGGUUUGACAGCUGUAAUGCAGCGGCCAGUUAUAAAUCCGGAGCUGGUCAUGGAGGUGGAGGCUAGGAUGAAUAGAGCGUACGUCCCGUCAAGAUUGCUGCCUUCGCACUUGAGGGACUUACCUCCACGCCCCUUGCACCUGAGGAAAACCUCACUUUAUCCUGCUGCAGGAGUUGCAGGCGGUAGAGAUUCAUACAAAGAGCCAAGCGCACAUGUCACCACUGAGAGGUACUCCCCAGUCAGAAGAGCGUCCGAGGGUUCCUGUCCACCUGGACCAGGGAUCCAGGCAUUGCAGCAGGAGUACCAGCAGCUCCAGAGACUCGCAUCACCUUCUCACAGUCCUGCUAGCAUCCCCGGGUCACCUGUUCAUGAGCGAGGAGUUGCCGCUAUUACUCAGGGACUUAGUGGAUUAACAACAGCAACAGUACCAGGUAGUAUAGUUCACGGAACACCAACGCAAGCACCAGCAGCGCCUUUGGAUCUGAGUCCUUUGAGACAUCACAGAUCUCCAGCAACAACACCAGUAAGUUAUUCACCGAGCAAUAGCCCGGCAUUGGAUAUGAUUCAAGAAGAGCAUCCUGUCGACAUAUCCAGAGUACCACCUCAAAUAUCAGUAACAGAUGUUUCGGGCGGACAAGUGACCUUAAUCGGCUGCCCGCUGUCUCCUUCACCGUCACUGGACUCUCUGGAAGGAAACUUACCAGUCUACAACCCUCUGCCGAGUUUUUUGAUAUCAGAACCUUGUGACCCAUCGCGACCCAGCAUUACUCGAGGAAUCGGCCGGCCUCUCAGUUCACCUAUACCCUCCGAAGUGGAAGUGACCCUCUCAAACGAGUCCAGCAGACUCAACUCUGAGGCAAUACUCGGUAGAGUUAAGCAGAUAAUCGACGCGCGAGCUCCACCAAAAGGUUUUAUUUUCUCCCGGGAAGAAGUCGAAGGCAGUGGACUCAGCCUCGAGUACCCCGGGGGAGUUCAGAUCGAGCUCCGGGUCUGCGAAUUCGAGGAGCACGAGAAAAAAGGCAUCAAGAUGCGGAGAAUCAGCGGCGAUCAACUGCAGUACAGUCAACUGUACGAGCAAUUAAUUUCGUGUAUCACCGUUUGA